AUGCUUGUAGCUCAGAGCCGUCAGAAGAGCUAUGCUGAUCAAAGGCGGAAGCCUUUGGAGUUUGAGGAAGGAGAAAAUAUCUUUCUGAAAGUUACUCUAACCACCAUAGUGGGAAGAGCCAUUAAGAUUAAGAAACUGAAUCCCCGUUACAUUAGACCGUUUGAGAUCUUGAAGAGAAUUGGACCAACGGCUUAUAAAAUUGCCUUACCGCCACAUCUUUUGAACCUGCAUGACGUGUUUCACAUGUCACAACUUUGUAAAUAUACUCCUGAUCCAAGUCAUAUCCUUGAACCGGAAUCGGUUCAAGUAAGAGAAGAUCUGACGUUUCCAGUAACUCCAGUUAGGAUUGAUGACACCAGCAUCAAGCAUUUACGCAGAAAAGAGGUCUCUUUAGUGAAAGUGGCUCAGAGUCGGGCUGGUAUUGAAGAACAUACUUAG